AUGAAAGUAUUCGCCAUCAUCGCCGUUCUGUUAGGAGCUCUGUUCACUGGAUUGAAUAACUUCGCUCGUCGUGAAAGCGGUGUUCUGCACCAGCUUGUUGAAUGCGAGCGGUAUUGCUUGGAGCUCACAGGACGACUGGACACUCAUAUGGAAUCCCCCGCAUUUUGGAAAAGGAUCUACUCCCAGGACACCCCCAUCGACUCUUCGCCCGUUCCAGUACUUCGUCGGAUCUUGGCCUUCUGCCCUCGGGUCAGAAGCUUUUUGAAGUCCAGACAGGAUCUACAACGGUGCGAAAUCGUGGCCCGACACCUGGAAAAGGAACUGGAAAAGGUCCAUUCAAAUCUUGGAUUUUUCCAGUGUCUUAAAACUCUGAUGACUGAAAAGGUUGGUCACAUUUGCGUGUUUUCUGCUGUGUGUCUGACCUUGGGAGCCAUUUCUUUGCUGAUGAGAUUUGUAUGCAGUAAGAAGCAGGAUAUUGACUUGGAAGAUGAGCAGCAGGAAAAUGACGACUUCGAACUAGAGUGGUCAUCUCUGGAUAGUUCUCUUGAUGAAACAGAAGAAUUUGAGGAAUUGCAGUUAAUGGAAGAAAAGGCUCUUCUCGAGAGACAGAAAGAGGAGUUAGAAGCUGAGAAUGGACGCCUCUGCAGGAGGAUUGACGCCAUCCAGAAGGAGAAAGAGGCAGAGUUGGAAAAUUCGAACAAAACUAUUCACGAUCUGAAGCUAAUAAACGACCACAAUAAGGCAGAGAUAGCAAGUCUUUCUCAGAAGAUUCGAGCUGCCCAAGAAGAGAGGAAAGCAGUGGUCGAAAGGUCAGCCAAAAACAUCAGGAACCUGCAACAGUCAAACAAGGAACUGGAAGCAGAGUAUGACCUCGUCUUCUCUGGUUACGAAGCCCUUCAGAGCCAAAGGGCGGAAGAGAAUGAAAAUGCCAAGAAGAUCAUCGAUGACCUCCAGGAAAGGAAUGACCAGCUGCUGAAGGAAAUAGCCGACAAAGAAGCAUCGGCUCAACAACACCUAAAGAAAGCCGAGGAUCUGGAAGAAUCUGUUCGCCUGUUGAAAGAGGAGCUGGAAAGGGCUAAGGAAGGAAACCGAGCCCAUAUUGAAAUUCAAUCCGGGCUAUUGAAAGAGAAGGAAGAGUUAAAGAAAAGUACAGAGGAAACCCACAAGGCUGGCAAGGAAUGCCUGAACACUCAAAAGGCUGAGAAAUGUCAGAGAAAACUAAUCACGUUCGACCUUCCACCAGAUCAGCCACAGACGAAAAGUAGCAUCUUCUCAGGCCUUGGAAGUCCCAAAGAAUCGCCCAAGAGUCGUCAGGCAACUAGUGGGCAAAAGGAAGAAGAGAAGAUUGUUGUAACUGUAAAGAAAAGGGUUAAGGAUGGAAAAAGAGAUGUAAGUUUUGAGAAGAAAGAACCCCACAAGCCUGAAGAGGGAUGCCAGCAGCCCCAAAAGGAAAGGAAAGUAGAGCGAAAACGUAUCGUCUUCGAUCUGGAACCGGAUCAGCCUGAGGUGAUCAGAAGCAUCUCAGGCCUUUCAAGACCUCUGCCUCGACAUCAGCCCCCACGAUACGACCAGGAAGAAAACUGGAUAAUAUUCAGGGGAGAAAAGUUGCAACUGAAGAGACUUGAGGAAAUGGAAGGAGAAAUGACAGUCGAAUUGGAUGUCCCCAGGAAUUUCCACCGAGCUAUCAAUGGAAUCCAGGGAAGGACACUGGAGGAGAUCACCAACAAGAGUGGUGUCGCCCUCAUUCAGAUGCCAGGGAGGUUUGAGGUAUCAGAUCUGAUCACCAUAGUUGGUACAGCCGAGCAAGUUCGACUAGCAGCUGGUCAUAUUGAACGUCUCAUCAGCAAGCUGCACUGA